AUGGCAUUACUUUCGGACAACAAUUAUUAUUUGAAAAAGUUAAUAUUUGCUUCAAAUUUAAUCUACAUUUCCAGGGUCUUAAAUUAUUUAAAAGAUGCUUAUUUUUACUACAUUAAUAUGAAAUCAUAUGAUUACAAAUCUUUGAUAGUGGUUUUUAUUAACGGUAUUUGUGAUGAUUGGUAUUGGGAAGGACUUGUUGGGAACUCACAAUUUCGAAGAAUUUAUUUACUUGUUAAAUAUGGUGCCAGACAGGAUGACGAAACAAAACUUGUAGUGAAAUAUUAUCCUCGAAUAGGAAGAAUACUCAAAUUUGACGACAAAGAAACCCCGGAAAUAUUUAAUGACCAACCAAAAGCAAAAGUUUAUGAUGAGUAA